UACAUCAAACUUCAUCCAGAAUAUUCGGGGAAGUACACACUCAUAUGUUUAGCGACAUUUCGUUAUUGUGACAAGUAUGUCAUCAUUGAUAGAGAAGCAAGAACAGCAAGAAGCAAAAGAAAUGGAAAUUGAUUUACCCUUGGAACUGCCUAAGGCCCGUCCUUACCAGGAGGAGCUGCUAGCAACUGCCAAGGAAAAAAACUCGUUGAUUUGUCUAGGAACGGGAGCGGGUAAAACGUACAUAGCCGUUAUGCUGAUUUCUCAUUUUUCGCACGAACUGGAGCCGCCCUACGACGAAGAUGGUAAGAGAACGUUCUUCUUAGUGCCUACCAGGCCUUUAGUGAAACAACAGGCAGCAGAGAUUGUGAAGAAAAGUCGAUUAGGUGAGAAAGAUGUUGGCGAAUAUACUGGUGAUAUGAAUGUCGACUUCUGGUCGAAGGACGUUUGGCUGGAACAUUUGCGUACCAAGAAGGUGUUCGUUAUGACACGGCAGAUUUUCCUCAAUAUGUUAAAUUCGGCAAUUAUUCCGUUGAGUAAGGUGAAUCUAUUGAUAUUCGACGAAGCCCAUCAUGCAGCACCGAAGGCAAAGAAAAAAGGAAAGGGCAGUGGAAAGGACACGAACGAUGUCUACAAGCUGAUAAUGGAUUUUAUUCAUUCGAGGCCUGAAUCGGAUCAUCCACGUAUUUUGGGACUGUCAGCAAGUCUUAUUAACGCUAACAGCAAUGCGGUGGCAUUACAACGGACAAUUAGGGAUUUGGAAGGCACUUAUAAGUCGUCUUGCACAUCCGUUACCGAUUUGGAUGAUGUACGUAAAUACGCAACGGAUCCCGUAGAAAGUAUUUGGGAAUAUGCCAGCGACAGUGCUGUGAUUGGAUUUGAUUGUGCUCACGUUCAGACAUUUUUAUCAUCAGCUCGGGAUGUUUUCUUUGAAAUGGAUGCAUACAAAGCUAGUCUGGACCGCAAAAAUGACAGCAACAGAACCGAACAAAAUACAGAUGAAAUACCGACCAACUCCAUGGCCAUUACUCUACCCAUAAGUGUGGAUGCUUUAAAGAAAUGCGAAAGUAUGAUCAGUGACAUUCUUCAAUCGAUGGGUCCUUGGUGUGCGAUAGCUGCAUGCGAUUUUUAUAUUCAAGAAUUUCAGAGCUACAUCGAACUUUACCAACACUCAUAUCCAGGAUUUUGUAGCAUUUUAACAACGGUUAACGACAUGAUAGAGACAGUCGUGGGUCUUCUAAAAUACAGCCUUUACAUACGGCAAGUGUCACUCAACGAUAUGCUCCUGAAGUAUAUUUCCAACAAAAUGGAACGUCUUCUUUUAUUGUUGAUGGAGUACAGCGAUCCGAAUAAACCUUUAGCUGGAAUUAUAUUCGUACAGCGUCGCGCUAUGUGUAAGGCGUUAUGCAAAUGGUUGCAAAAGAUCAAAGAACUCAAUUUAAAGAAGGCAAAGAAUCCAUUUGACUUUCUCAAAACUGACUACAUUGUUGGCGAAGCAGCCCGACCCGGAUUUGCCAAUAAAAUUGCUGUCAAGGCUGCUCAACUCCAGAAGAAGACUUUGAACAAGUUCCGCAGUGGUGAUCUGAACAUACUCGUAUCGACAUCAAUUUUGGAAGAAGGACUCGAUGUGUCCCAGUGUAAUCUUGUUGUUCGAUAUGACGGCGUUGACUCAUUCAGACAGUGGGUUCAAUCACAAGGACGAGCAAGAUCAAAGGAUGGUCGAUUUGUGGUUUUCAGUAACUCAACAUCGGUGACCCAACAAAGUCUUGAUAACUUCAAAGGUAUGUUCAAAGAAUUACAAACACUUGCAACAAGUAGAAAGCAUACGAAUCCUUCGUCCGUAUCCCGUACCCCGCGUAAUAUACCAGAAGACGAAAUGCCACUGAUCAACCCAGUUAAUGGAGCAAGAAUUACCCUAGACACCGCCAAGGCAAUGGUCUUUAUGUACUGCAGUCGACUGCCGUCUGAUGCAUUCUUUUCCACAAAUCCAUACGAAACUAGGAUUGAACAUCCGAAUGGAUUUCAAUUUGUCAUUAGGUUGCCAAUAAACUCUCCAAUUAAGCGGGCAAUGAAAGGACCUGUUAAGCUAAACGAAUCCUUGGCGUGUAAAACUGCUUAUUUAGAAGUGUGUCGCAUUCUACGCGAAGAGGACGAAAUCGAUGAGUCGUUCGUUCCAUACACCAAGUCAUCAAGGCUCAAGAGGAUAAUUGACGAAUUCAAUCUUACAUGUUCGAUCGACGACGAUGAAACGUACAUUGAUGGACCGAAACCUGGAACGGCCAAACGACGGCAAAUUUAUUCAAAGUCUUUCGAGACGAUGUUCGCUACCUUGCCAAUCAAGUCGUCGACAACGAUCUGUCUUUAUUCGAUUGACGUACAGCCCAAAACUGGCAGAAAUUCUAUUGGUUUCAUUUGUUCAGAAGAUGUACCACUUAACCGGAUUGUUUCCAGCUUUCCAGUUUACAUCAAAACUGCUGAGUAUAAAAUUUCAGUUGCGUCUUGCGACACAGCCUUUCAUCUCAGCCCGGAACAGCUUCACCAAGUGCAAUUAUUCCAUCAGGUAGUGUUUCAUGAAAGUCUCGGAUUCAAGAGGAAACAAUUGAAGUUCGACGACUCGUCUCCUGUUUAUGUUGUUCCGUUGAACGAUGAAUUCGGUGUUGAUUGGAAUAUGGUUCAGGUCACAUUGGAUCGCAAUAAUACGAACGCAACGAUCAUCACCAAGAAUGAUGCAUACCAACAACAUUUCACAUUCAACGAAAGUGUUUACAACGAUGCUAUGGUGUUUCGACGCUAUGAACCGUUCGGUCUUUUCGAAGUCCUUAAAGUUAGCACUAAGACUCCAAGUUCACGAUUUCCCAAUAAUGACAACGGAUACACGACAUACGAGGAUUAUUUCGGUAAACAAUAUGGCUUGACGAUCAUUCAUUCGCACCCGUUACUGUGUGUGGAUCCAAUCGGCUUUAACAGUUCCAUUAAACAAGUGGCACUAACCAAAGCCGAACAGAAACGUAAACCUAUUGAGCUAGUUCCAGAAUUGUUGUUGAUCUUUCCAAUACCGACGUCGUUUCAUCGUCAGUGCCGUCUUCUACCUGCAAUUUUUUAUCGAUUGUGUCAGUUCUACAACAUAGAAACAUUGAGAGAACGAAUAGCGACGGAGGCUAAUUUUGGAUGGGCAACAGCUAAUCACAAUUGGGGUCCAUUGAACGUUGAGUCUGUGCAGAGUAUUUGCCGACAGGAGAAAGUAGUGCGAGGCUCUGCAAAGAACAGCGAUAGUGAUGCAAACGGCGACGACAGUGAGCGGUCGAUGGAUUCUAACGAUAUGGAAGUGGAUUCUUCAUUUCAAAUGGAUGAAGAUAUGGGUUCAACGAUUAGUCAGUCUGAAGACAUUUACGGCGAUGUCGAUGAAUUGAAAAGAAAAUAUUCGAACUUCAAUGUUAAAGCCUAUGCGUACUCGAUGAAGCAGAAACUGAUGAACGACUACAAGAAGUUUUUGGAGGCGCCAGUAGUUGGCUACGAUUUAGGUGAUCACAGCCAGUAUUUGCCACAAAAUUCUGAAAUUCAAAGAAAUCGCUUCGUUGACUUUGAAAGAGUCAAAUCAUUUGAUCGUCACACUAGGGUUGACAUGUUUGGACCUAGUCCCAGUUUAAUUCUGCAGGCAUUAACGACAAACAAAGCAAUUGACAUGUUCAAUAUGGAGAGAUUAGAGACACUUGGCGACAGUUUCCUUAAAUUAACAACGUCUGCGUAUUUUUACUACAAGCUACCAGUACUCAAUGAGGGAUACUUGUCUUUAUUGAAAGUGAAUCAAAUCUCGAAUCGUAAUCUGUAUCGUUUGGGAUCAAAAAAAGAUUUGGCCGAAUUUGUGGUAGCUCAUCAAUUUCAACCGUGCAACAAUUGGCUUCCUCCAGGAUUUUCCGCGGACAUAGAUACGUCGGAGAAAAAGGAGAAACAAGAUGGAGAAUCAUGCAACAAGUACACUGAGCAACGAAUUUCCGAUAAAUCAAUAGCUGAUUGUUGCGAAUCAUUAAUUGGAGCAUAUCUGUUGUCGAGUGGACCAAUGGGCGCAGUAAGUUUCAUGACAUGGUUGGGUAUUCGAAUUGUGGAUCCACAGUCGACUGAAAACAAUGGCCAUUGGCUUCCACCGCCCCGAUCACCAAAAUCUACUUCAACAUCGGGUGAUUCAGAAAUCAAAAUCAAAAACCUUUCGUCAACGUUGACCGAAUUCGAAGAGCGUAUUGGAUACAAUUUCCAUGACAAAUGUUUCCUCAUUCAGGCUAUGACACAUGUGUCGUAUCACGACAAUACCAUAACUGAUUGCUACCAGCGAUUGGAGUUCCUCGGAGAUGCUGUCUUGGACUAUCUCAUAACACGGUACAUAUACGAAGAUCCCAACCGCUUUAAGCCUGGCGAUUUGACUCAGCUAAGAGCAUCUCUGACGAACAAUGCAUUUUUUGGCUCGCUGGCGGUCAAGAAUCGAUUUCACGUUCACCUAAAAAUGAGUUCGUACGAUCUCUACCGUUCCAUUCAUUCGUUUGCUGAUAAAAUUAAAACCGAUGCAAAGGAUGACAUUGUCUUUGGCAAUUUCAUGACGCUUCUCGACGAACGAGAGACCCAGGAUUCAGAUGAAGCCGAGGUGCCGAAGGCGUUGGGUGAUGUGUUCGAAGCUGUUGCUGGUGGUAUCUAUUUGGACUCUAAUUAUUCGCUGGAUGCUGUAUGGCAGGUCUACUACCCACUCAUGGCGAGUGAGCUUGAGAACUUCAGCAAAAAUAUUCCGAAAAGUCCGUUGAGUUUGCUGUACAUGAAAUAUCAAUCUGUGAAAUUCAGCGACGCUGUAGCAGUGAACAAGCGUGAGGUCAGUGUGACUGUUACGAUCAAGCAUAAAGGAGGAACGUUUACCGAGGAUGGCUACGGCAAAAAUCGUUAUUGGGCUAAAAGUUCGGCAGCAAAACGUGCCUUAAGGCGAAAAAUGUAAUAAAAAUCGAGAAAGAAUCGUACUCAUUGAAAAAUUACGUAUGAGCUCCGUAAGAUUCGAUACUCAAUUUAUCGGUGUUUCGUAAGAAUCAAGCCUCUACGUAAAACGUACAAGUUUAUAUCUGUCCUGUGAAUGUAGUCAUUUCGUAGGAAUUACGUUUUACUGGUCAUCUUACAUUUUGUGCGGUAC